CUAAUUUCUUUCUUCCUUCAGUGUUAUGAUUGGUGGCUCGAUGAAAUGUACAUGAAAGUACAACUUCCGCUUCCAGUCAAUUCCAAUCCAGGAAUGGUGUUUCCUAAAAGACACUUCGCCGACCAGAAUGCUCAAUUAAAGUACGCUGCCCAACUAAUCUCCGCCAUAUUGGACUAUAAAACUAUCGUCGAUUCUCGGAGUUUACCAAUUGAUCGAGCCCGAAGCAAUCGUAAAGGUCAGCCACUAUGUAUGGAACAAUACUAUCGAUUGUUCACGUCCUACCGUGUACCUGGACUCAACAAAGACAAUUUAGUGACGAACAGCACCAAACUGAUGCCAGAGCCUGAACAUAUCAUUGUUAUUUGCAAGAACCAAUUAUUUGUUCUGGAUGUCAUGCUGAAUUUCUCACGUCUCACUGAUGACGACUUGUAUACUCAACUGUGGCGUAUAGCUAAAGUGGCUGAAGAAGGAGAGAAAAAUGCUGAGCCAGUCGGCAUUCUUACUUCACUCCGACGAAAUAAAUGGGCAAGUGCAAGACAGAAAUUAAUGGAAGAUUCUGCCAAUCGAGAUUCGCUUGAUGCUAUCGAAAGGUCCAUUUUCAUAUUGAGCCUUGACAAGAAACCGCCCGUAUCUUUCAACCACCAAAACAGCGUGGACGAAACCCGUGAGCAACAAAGAGACGAUGUGUCUAUGGCCAUCCAGAUGCUACACGGGAUGGGGAGUCAGGUUAACAGUGCCAACCGUUGGUUUGAUAAAACAAUGCAGUUUGUCGUUAGUGAGGAUGGUGUUUGUGGAUUAAACUACGAGCACUCACCUUCUGAAGGAAUUGCUGUUGUGCAGUUAGUGGAACAUACACUAAAAUAUAUGGAGGAACUUCGAGCUAUGAGAUUACAUCGUAUGCAGUCCAUUUGUGACCUGCCAUAUCCUCGAAAACUGAAAUGGAAACUAACCGAAGUUUUAAACAAGGAUAUUGCAGAUGCCAGUAAAGCCAUUGAUAAACUUAUUAGCGAUCUUGAUCUCUAUGUGCUCCGCUUUACAAAUUUUGGCAAAGAAUUUCCAAAGUCACAGAAUAUGAGUCCAGACUCCUUCAUCCAGCUAGCUUUGCAAUUGACCUAUUAUAAAAUUCAUGGCCACCUUGUUUCAACGUACGAGAGCGCUUCUACUCGAAGAUUCCGCUAUGGUCGUGUGGACAACAUCCGUGCUGCUUCUCCUGCAGCUCUGGAAUGGGUCAAAUCAAUGACAGGAGAAACUAACAUUCCGGACGAAGACAAAAUGCGUCUUUUGAGGACAGCCAUGAAAACACAAACCGAAAUCAUGACACAGACUAUUCUCGGUCAAGGUGUUGACUGUCAUUUAAUGGGAUUAAGGGAAAUAUCCAAUGAAAAAGAACUGCCCAUCCCAGAAAUAUUUGCUGAUGAAUCCUAUAAGCUGGCUAAUCAUUUCACACUAUCUACCAGCCAAGUCCCUACUACAAUGGAUGCUUUCAUGUGCUAUGGACCCGUUGUACCGGACGGCUAUGGAGUUUGUUACAAUCCACAUUCGGACUAUAUAGUCGCUGUAGUGACGUCUUUUCGCAGUCAUUCAGAGACGCGAUCAGACUAUUUUGCUUUCACUCUGGAAAGCAGUUUCCUUCAGAUGUACGAGCUUUGUUACAAAACCAAAGAUAUGGACAAGAACACAGAACAAAAGAUUCCAGAAGAGACACAUGCAACAAAACAGCAGCAGGAACAGCAACAACAACCACAGGAACCGAGUCAAAAGUCCGAAUUGAAGAAAACUGACAGUCAAACUGAAAAAACGAACAGCGAACGCAGCGGUGCUACAACUGAAGAAAGCAGUGGAUUAAACAAGAACGAUGCGAAAUAGAUUGAACGAAAUCGUAUAUUAGUCUGCUAUUUCACCAAUGACAAUAACCAAUCCCUAAACAUAUACGAAGAAAUUGUUAAAAAAAAAAAUCCUUUCAGAUAUUAAACCCGGAAACUACAAAAAAAAAAUAUAGACAAAAUGUGAUGUAGAUGAAGAAAAACAGAUUUGUUCAGCGGAUUAACAAACGAAAAAAAAAAUUAAAUAUAUUUAUAGGUUA